CGGCCCCCGGCAUGGCCUCGGCGGUGUUUGAGGGCACGUCGCUCGUGAACAUGUUCGUGCGCGGCUGCUGGGUGAACGGCGUCCGGCGGCUGGUGGUCAGCCGGCGCGGCGACGAGGAGGAGUUCUUCGAGAUCCGCACCGAGUGGUCGGACCGCAGCGUGCUCUACCUGCACCGCAGCCUCGCCGACCUCGGCCGCCUGUGGCGGCGCCUCCGCGACGCCUUCCCCGAGGACCGGCCCGAGCUGGCGCGCGUGCCGCUGCGGCAAGGGCUGGUGGACAUAAAGGACGCCCGCGACAUCGAGGUCAGGCUCAACGAGGUGGAGAAGCUGCUGAAGACCAUCAUCAGCCUGCCCUGCAAGUAUUCCAGGUCGGAGGUUGUGCUCACCUUCUUCGAAAGGUCUCCCCUGGACCAGGUGUUAAGAAAUGAUAAUGUCCAUAAAAUCCAACCCAGCUUCCAGAGUCCUGUCAAAAUCUCAGAAAUCAUGAGGUCCAAUGGGUUUUGUUUAGCAAAUACAGAAACCAUCGUCAUCGACCACAGUUUACCAAAUGGAAAAGACCAGCACCCAGGCGUGGACCCUACGGAGCACUUGUUUGAGAACGGCGGCGAGUUCGCCUCAGAGCUGGAGGACGGAGACGACCCCGCGGCCUACGUCACCAACCUGUCCUACUACCACCUGGUCCCCUUCGAGACAGAUAUUUUGGACUGAGACUCCAUCGGGCCGCCUCUGCGGCGGUGGCUGCUGGCUCUGCCGCUGUCCACUGCGCUGGCUUCGAUGACCACGCCACAGCCCAGGCCCGGGUCCAGUGGGGCGGCUGUGACCCGUGUGGAUCGCCCCUAGCCCCCAGCCAGCCGCCUGCACUGCGAGGCCUGGGGGUCCUGCCAGGUGAGCAGCAGGGGUGGCGGUGGUCAGGCCUGGCCCCCAAGUCUCCAGCAUCAGGAGUCGGGUCACAGGAGCUGACCGAGGGGUCUCCUCUCCCUUGCACACCACCAGCCUGUUUCUUCAUUCCCGGGACUCACUCCCCACAACCAAGUGCCUGCGGGACCAUCUUGCUGCUGCCGGGGGGCCUCGGGGCCUGGCCUGGGUUCUUCCCCGCUGUUACUGCUUCCUGGGGAGGCGCCUUCCUCCCGGUACAGCGGCCUGGGUGGCCUGGCUCCCCCUCACUCCCCCACUCCCUCACUCGACAAGCACACAGAACAUUCCACAUGAGAUUUUGCUGAGUCACCAAGUGCCAGGGAUAUUAAGUCACCCAGGAUGUCCCUGGGAACCAGGGUGUGUGGCUUCUAUUUCUGUUUUUCAUGUUCUCUCCGGAAACUCGGGGCUUUGUGUCAGUCAAAGGGGGUGAUUGUGAAGGAGGAGAAUUAGCUUCUGGGAGCGGCCACUGGGGGUUAAUGACGCUCCUGGAGAGAGAAGCCUCAGCCCUGCGGUGUGGGCAGCAGAGCCGGCCGCCCUGUGCCCCCAGCGCCCGGGAUGUGGCUGCCUUGUUAAUGCACAGGCAUCAAGAGGCAGGCCCUGGGUGCCCCCACCCCUUUUGCAGUGGGGAGGCUCUGGGUGCUGUGUGCCUGCCUCCUCCACAGUGUCUACUAACGACCAACUUUUGCUAAUGUAAAUAAUAGUAAAUUAUUGAGAAUCCUAAUUCUUUUACAUAGUCUGUUUUUAAUCUAUUUUAAUGAAAUAAAAUCGAUUACUCUAUCUCUUUAAGGUGUUUGCAUGUAAGAGCGAGGCUCCCUAGUGCCUGCCCCUCAGACUGUUGUGGGGCUGCUUGUCUCCUUGCUAUUUAGGAGGUGUCUCAUGUUCCCACCGCAGGGAUCCAAACCGAAAAAGGAGUGAGCAGCUGGUUUUGUUUGGGGCUGCUGCUUCUCUGUUUUCCUCCUUGACAGCCCAGGAAACCUCUCCUGGGACCCAGAUGCACAGCAAAUGGGACUUUGUGGAGUUUGCAAGUCCCUUGUGCCUUCCAGCUGUGUCCAGGUCAAUGCAUCCUGCUUUCAGAUAGGCAAUCGGGUGGCUGAUGGGGGUUGACCAGUUGUCUUCAGUUUGCACAAGAAUAGGGACACUGGUCUAGCAGUUAGGGUUAGAAUCUACAACCGCAUUCAGUUAAUUACUUUCCAAGUCUCUGUUGUUCAUCCGUAGGUUUUCUUUGUUGUAUCCCUGUCCCGAGGAGGCACUUCUCCCAGCUGUCAGGUCACUGUGACACAGCUCCCUGAGCUCAUCUGCUUACUUGGACAGAGCUCAAGGUUGGCUCCCUAAGCCCCCACUGGUUGCACAAUGAAAUCUGUAAAGUAGGGAACAGAUGUUUGGAUAUAUCUAUGGCCUCCAUUUUUUUUCUGGAAAAGUCUGAUAGUCUUCAUAUUCCCACAUUUGAAAGAACCAUAUGCACAGAUAAACAUUUCUUUAAGUAUGGUGACAAGUGGUUACUAACACUCAGUCUGACUCUAUGAAGACAAUAUGGAGUGGUGGGAACUGUGGCAUACUGGCACACUCAUGCACUAUGUAAGGAGAAUGGCUCAGUUUAGUUGGUUGCUUCACUUGAUAAUGUGGGCCACUAUGCUAGAUCUCCUGGUUUUUCCUUAGAAGCUAGAAACCAACUUGUUAUGUGAAAUAUCCUAAUUUUGAGGUGUUGGAAAAAACACCAAUCAGAAACAACCAAGUAAAAGAGUCAGGAAUUUAUAGCCUCUAAGCCCUCAGUUCAGAGAAUCAACCCCAGGAUUCAGGUUCCUGCAUGAAGUUCACACUCGUGCCCAUACAUUUCUCUAGAGACUGUUCUAGAAUAACCUCACACUGUCCUUAUUUCCUUGGUGGCAGGUCCCUCAUGCCCCUCUGGUCACCAGGAGACCCCUUGGCAGCUGUGGCCCAGAGACUCUAUUACUGACAGUUGUCUGAGGGCUGCUGCCGGGAUCCCUGUGUGUUAGGGUAUUUAAGCUCCUGCAAAGUACGUUAAAACAAAUUAAAAAUAAUCUUUUUUUUUUUUGCAAAUCAAAUGAUUUCAGCCACCUAUGUUUCCUAUUUGAAAGGAGCCCUUGGCAGACGCUAUGCAGAGGAGGAAUCAUCCCCUCUCGGGUUGGUAACUAGGUGCUGGAAUUCUGGUAGGAGGCUCCUUGGAAGGGGCGUGCAGGAGGCCUCAGAGGAUGCCGGCAGAAUUGACAUGCUGGCGGCACUUGGCCUAGCUGGGGGACAGCAGACAAGCACAAACUGCUGGGUACCUGAGCAGGCCGGGAGCGCAUUAAUAAACACACACUUCCCACGAUGUAACACUCGUCAGUAGAGACGCAUGCAGCGGGGCUGGCAACCGCCACAUCUGUGCUAACCUGGGCCACUCCUCCAGCUGCAGACAGAAACUUCCUGGUCCUCAGUUAAAAGGGCAUCCUUGUUAGGGGAGCUGGGGGGUUCCCGCCCCACUUAGCUAUGGGAGGAGCUGCGUGGCCAGGCAAGGCUCUGUAACUCAGGAGGUGGGUGGGCCCAGGCAGAUGCAUGGAGAAGGCACGCUUGCUUCCGGCUUUGGGCUUGCACCAGGGAUUUGGAAGACCUGCAGGAGAUGCUUGGAAGAGACAUGGGGGAGGGCAGUGUGGGAAAAUGGAAUAGUUCAGGCUUUGUUUCUCCUCCAAAGCGCGUGGGCCACUUUGGCCGCCACCAGCAGUUUUAUUUUCCUCCUGGGUGUCAUUACCCACUCGUGACGUUGUGUUAUUGCAAAAAGUCUCUUGGGAGCAUGAGCAUGGCUUGCACACCUGUGAUUAUGGCCACAGGGCCGAGAAGCUGGAGGGCACGGGGCUUGCACACCUAUCAGUAUGGACACCUGGCGUGAGAGAUUAUUACGAGAGAGUGAAGGGAAGCCAGGGGGAGAGCGUAGAGAUCGUGGGGGCUGUGAGGUUCAGUUGCUCCCUGUCCCCAGCCCCCUGCCUCCCUGCCUGCUGCCUCCCUGCCUGCUGGACUGCCUGUGCCUGCGUCCCUGAUGCAGCAUUAAAGGCCUAAGGAUCCACCUGAGGAUCCACAAUUCCUGUCCGUCUGCCUGAAUCUACAGUGAACCUGUGUGCCCUACUGUGUGCACCACAGACAGCCUUUAUCUCAACUUGUGUUUUGAUUUGGCUCUUUUCCUUCCACACUUGCCUGGCUCCUCCUGUCCCUUCCCCAUGGGUCCCCACCAGAAAUUGCCUUAGACUUGGGGCGCAGGCUCUUGGGCCUCAGUGGAUGACUUCAGGCCAACCCCUUCUUGCUGGCACUUACCCACGAGGGGAUGAGUGACCUUGGGUGUUUCACUGGGAAAUUAUUAUCCUUUCUUUUCUCUCUCUCUGCACAAUCAUUCUAUUAAAGGGCCUUUCAUACUAAGACUCUCCUUUGUCUUUAUGUGCACAGAUGGUCAGACCCCUUGGAGAGUGAAAAUUUGGGGGACCCCAGUCAUGAGCUAACAUUCUCUUUAAUUACAUGCAUUUUUAUUGCAACUGAAAUUCCAGUCCCAUCUGGCUGUGUAUGGCACCUGCUGCAGACCAGACCGCUACUCAGCCUCAUGGUGUUGUAAAAUGUAGAUUUUAAUAUUAUUUGGGUGAUUUUUUUUAAAGAUUUAUUUAUGCAUACAAUACCUGGGGUACAGGCCAGAAGUGCAGGGGGUGAGAGGAUUUACCAGAGACAGAGUGGGCAACAGAACAGGCAGAUUGACUGAAAUACGCUGCUGAGGGGAGCAGCAGGCGAGACAGGAGAGGUCUGCCGCGCCAUGUGGGUAUCUCCCAGCCGGUCGGGAUUGAACUGGGGCUGCAGAGGCUGUGGACAGCUUCACAGCACUGCGCUCAACCGCCUGCGCCACCAAGGGAGGCCCUUGGGUGACUUUUUAAAAAAGAUUUUAUUUAUUUAUUUUUGCAUAGAAGAACUGGGGUGUAGGUGCAGGUGAUGAGAGCUUCAGGUAUGACUGAGCUCAUUGAUGAUCAGGAGACAAGUGUCACUGAAGAGACUAGUCAUGGAUCUGGGGGCUGGAGGCCCACUAUGGCCACUGAGGGCAGCCCCAAGGCCAAUUGGGAAACAGAGGGCUGGGAGCCUGGAGACAAGAGCCUUUAUCAUAGUUUCUAGAAAGCAAACAGGCGAGGCAGGAUGAGUGGGGUUAAUAUUAACUACUUGGAAUAACUUCAGUGGGCUCCGGGGUGCAGAGGCGUGCCUGGGUGCCGGGUACUUGGCCCUGGCUGAUUGGGGCUCAGGACUGUGGCCUGAGUAUGAGAGCCCCACAGAGAAAGGGCAAGUGGGGUGGCCCCAUUGUUUGGUUUGCAUAUCAAAGUAAAAUAGUUCAUUCUGGCCAGGGUUGGCUGUCCCGGGAGGGGCAGGCCCUCCAGAGUCUGCAAGGCCUGAAAACAUUAGCACAUCAGUUACAGAGCCUAAAAGAUCUGGUGCUCACACUGCUGACCUGUGAAUUCUCUGGCUAUGAGGAUCUGACUUUCUCCUCUGCUGUGGACAUGGAGAAAACCAUGUGGCAAUUCUGUGUGUCCCAUGCAGGGAACUCCCAACAGUGCAAGGGCCUAUAAGGAUGAAAAUUUACUUUUUCUUAGAUGAUUUUUUUAGGUUAAUGCAAUUUUUCAGUUAACAUUGAUUUACAACACAGUAUACGAUUUAGGGGAACAGGCUCACCCCUCAGGCUCACCCCCACCACCAAGGCCCCCUCGGUCUUUCACCCUAGAUCUUUGCCCUCCCAACCUCCCUCAUUGAUUUUCCACCUCUCCUUCUCCCUCUAGUAGCCUCGAUUUUGCAGCCAUAUUUUUAGUUUAUUUUGGUUUGAUUUUAUCUGUUUCUUUGUUUUAUUUCUCUAUAUUCCACCUGUGAGUGAAAUCAUCUGGUAUUUGUCUUUCUCUGCUUGUUUCACUGAGCAUCACCCCCACCAGGCCCUGCUGGUUAAUAGUCCCAUGGCCCAAAAAUCAAAAUGAUUUAAAAGGUUUUUCCAUAGAAAGUGUCGGUCCUAUUGUGUCCCCGUCCCAUCCCUCCAAACAUGGAUUAUUUUCUCCUGUAUCCUUCUAAUAUUUUUGCAAAUACCAAACAAAGACAACAGACACUUUGAAGACAAUACCUAAAUGGAUUCCUCUGGAGUCUGUAUGAUCUAGAUUGGUGGUUAAUAAUAAUGUGUCUUGAAGCACUUCAGAAAUAGGUGAUCUGCUCCAACCUGAUAAGUUUGCUUCUAAUUGAAAAGUGUGAAUGACUCCAGGGCCUGGCUGAUGGGAGGCGUGUCAUUUCUUAGAAUUAAUUGUAUUAGACUUCUGGGCAGAGUAUUAGCAUUUCUGUUAUUUGCUCCUGUGUGUUUUGGGGGUGGGGUAAGGAGAUGGGGAAUGCCACAAGCUAGAGGCUGCUUCAGGUCUGCCUGAUAGUAACGAGGAACAGUCUCCUCUGGCAUAGUCAUGUUCAACAACCUCAGGCAGAUGCCCAGACACCUUAGUGCUGACCGCGUAUUUAUUUACAAUAGAAACAACUGACCAGAAAUCAGUAAGCUCUGAAGUCUGUGAGCGGGAAAAGUCGAAUAAUGAUUUAAAGCGCGCUCCGGGGAUAUGGAAAUUGGAAAAAGGGAUUAAUUAGAUUAAUUACCACUGAAAAUAUCACAGGUACCCCAACUGACCUCUCCCACUUCCCUCAAGUCCUUCUGUCUUAGCGGAGUUAUUCCAGAUGGUGUCUGAAGCCAUCAAGUUACUCCGUCAAGCUGGGUCUCUCUUAACUAACUUUUGGCUUUUUUCAUCUUUUCAAUCUGUUUGAUGCUUCUUCAGUUAUUUUGCCAGCCUAGGAGAACCCAGAUGGGCAUGGGAUGAUUGAUCUCCUUUGUACCCCGAUACCUCCAUCCCCCCAACCUGGGCAGCUACCUUGCAUGUGAACUUCAGCUAAAUCCACAUUUCCUUGUCCAAACCCACUUUGCAAUCAAUAAAAUGUAACUCCUUCCUUCUCAAUCCUGCCUCCCAAACCUAUAAAACCUCAUUUCUUUCUUAAUUGGGGAGGUAGAGUUCAACUUAUCUCCUAGCAGAUCAAUUAGCAAUUAAGCUUUCUCUGCUCAAAACACCAGCAUCAUUGCCGGGUUCAUGGUGUCAGGCAGAAAGCCCAUUUGUUCUGUAACAUUCUGCCACAUCUCCUUUUGGGGCAAUUCAUAAUAGAGUUGGACCUAAAACAAUUUAUAUCUGUUCCCUUAAAGCUACAGCAACCUUUCGUAAUCAUAAACACAGUUAUAGUUUAAAUACAUGGAGAAGGACUAGGAUGAUUGCAGUUUGCAUAUCUGCAACUGGUUUCAGAAGGAAGCCAGAAAAUAAAAGGGGGGGGGGUCACAGGAGUGAUGUCUGGUUUGGGAGGCAGGCGCAGACACUGCCCUCCCAUCUGCAGCCUGAGCUGGCUGGAUCAUUGGGUUGAGUAGGUGUAGGCUAAGUGAAAAAGAAUCAGGAUUUUCUCCCCUCCUGCUAUUAGCAUUAGUGAUGGGUCCCUGCGGUCCUACAUGCAUGCCUGAUGGCAGGCACCUGGAGUAGGGUGUGGGCAUGCUUAGGUGGGCACAUCUGGGCUGAGACUGGGCUUUUAAGGGCAGCGGCAUGGGAUGCCAGCAGAACCAAGAGAAAGAGGAGCAGAACGAGAGAACGAGAACAGAACCAGCAGAGAAGCAGAGACACGAGAGAACUCCAGAGAGCCCAGAAAGAAUGAAGAUUCAUCAGGGUUGGGAGGCCUGCCAGCCUCCACACACACACACACACACACACACGCACACGCACACACGCGUGCGCGCGCGCACACACACACACCCCACCCCCACCCACCGCCUUGUAAAAAGCUCAGUAAAAGCCUGAAAAAGCCACCCAGGGCUCUGGGACUCUCCUUUACCCUUCUGACUGGAUCAUAAAGAUCCUACCCUGUGCCUUCCUGUCACUACAGUGGGGCUUUCUUACGUUUUCGUGGAUAAUUCUGAUGUACCUGAAAAAUCUGCUCACUGAACAGGACAGAGAGAAAUAGGAGGGAUGGAGGAAAAGGGUGAGGGUCGCUGAUUUUGAAUGUACCAGCUUUUGCUCAUCACUAUUCGGACGCACAAGCAGACUCCCGAUGUCGUGGGCGCUGCAGUCUCCCAGGUGAGCAUCCCUGUGCCGCUUCUCACCCCAGGCGCACAUCUGUGCUUCCGUGCGUGGGCGACAGCCGCUGCCGCGCUGCUUAUUUACAAUACCCCGAC